CUCCUUUCAAGAAAUGCAGCAAAAGAACCACAAAAUGGCAGACCAAAUUGCAACCCAGAAGAAGAACCACCCAAUAGUCCACCGCACACGGGUAGCAGGCGCUUGGCAACUCGAUUGCCUUCCAGAACCGGAGGUGGAGGAAUCGAGAGAGGUAAAAGACGUAAGACCAGAAGUAUACGCGGCCGGAGGGAUGCGGUCCAAGUGGGAAACAGAGGAGCCAUUGCAAAGGGCUGGUGACGCUCUUAGUGUGGCGCCAGAACCAGCGAGUGUCGCGAAUCUCGGCAGCGGAGGAGAGGAGAAUGCUGAGGAACGUGGCAACUGAAAUUAAGGAGACGCAGAGGCUGUGGAGGACUGGGAUUGGGCCUAGUGGUAUCUUACGGCGCUUGGAUAAGAGAAGGGAAAGGGUAAUGUGGAGGGUGAUGGCAGCAACGAUGUAGGCAGCGAUGGCGGUGAAGAGGUGGAGCCCCAGGAUUGGGUGUGAUUCCAACGGAAGUUAACGAUCAAUGGGUGUUCCGACAGCCAAUAAUUUACAGUCUGAAUC